AUGUGCAGUGGAAACCGAAUAUUUGAUAAAUUCAAAUCGGAGUAUUCAUCAAUUUCGUGGGAUCAAAUGGACUUGAUCGAUGUAAUUUAUCGAAAUUCACGAGACAUUGAUCACCCAAACGUUAACAUAAUUGACAGCAAUUAUAAAGCAAAGGAUAUACAGAUAUUCAAUCCUGCUUACCCCACGUAUAUCCUGUCUGCCCAAUCUACUGAUGAACUUGGUGCUCUUUUGGACGCAUUGAAGUUAUCACCAACGUGGAGUGUUACUUCAGUUUUCUUUAUUAUUGGAAUCACUGAAAAAUCUUGUGGAGGCGCAUCAAAAACGCUGCAAGUACUCUGGAAACUCGACUUGGUUUCGUCUUAUUUUGUUUGCUAUGAGUCUGAUAAAGAUGAAAUUAUGAUGCUGUACACUUAUAACCCAUUCACGAACCAAGCUCCUGAACCAUGGGUAGAAGUGGAAACUUUUGACAAACCUGACAGCCGAUGGACCCUCUACAAACAACCUUACUCAAAUGACAAAAAUAUAUGUCGCAAUCUGACUUUUGAUAAGACUCAAUUUCUUAAUGGCUACACCGUAAAAGCUGUGACAGUUCCGCGCCUAAAAUCAAACGUCACCCAAACCAAAACGCAUAAUAUCAGUGAGUUAAAGAAUGGUUUAUUAUUAAAUUUUAGCUAUGCUGUUUUUCAAAAUAUUUUUUUGCAUUUAAAUGUUACACCGGAUAUUAGCAUUGUAAGCAAAAUGAAUUCGAAAAAUGUAACAUUAAUAGAUUUAGAAAAGCUCGUAAUGAAUUCGACACAUGAUUUAAUUCUAAAUAUAGUACCACUAAGAUACCAAAGUUCACAGCUCGAUAUUAUGAAUUUUCACUAUCAGACUGGCUUCAUGAUUAUGACACAACGUAACAAACUUAAAUUAUCGGGUGAAAUCUUUCAUAAUUCGUUAAAUUUUAACUUAAUUGCUUUGUCAGUACUCAUUUUAUUUAUAACAUUUGUGAUAAUAAUUUGCAAUAACGGUAACGAUUAUGGUAAUGGAUUCUUGGAUAUUGUUCGACUAUCAUUAAGUGCUGGAAUAGCAGCUCCAUUACAUAAAUUAUCGAUGCGUAUGAUUUUUCUGACGACAACGCUACUUGUAUUUAUUAUAACUCCCGCUUUUCAAGGGCACAUAACAUCAAUGUCUGCUAAACCAGAAUACCGCUACACCCAAAAUCUUAAAGACUUACAUGAUUUUAAAUUCCGGGUGUACUAUCACCCGGUAAUUAAAAAUUUUAUUGUUGAUCAGCAAUUAUGGCAAGGUUCUGAUAAACAUUAUUUACAUGAGCAUAACCAAUUUCCUUACACUUGUCACGAACAAGUUUUGAAUGACAGUUCUAACGCAUGUAUUGGUUCCGUAGGUAUUCUCUUACCUGCGGCUAAAAAGUAUAACUUGUAUUUAGCACAGGAAAUGAUGUAUAAUGUUUAUGGUUCUUAUUUGAUGCGGAAGAAUUGGGUGUUAAAAAAUAGAAUUGAUCAAUCAGCACUCAAAUUAUCGGAGCACGGCUUUCUCGAUUAUUGUUAUCAAUUACAUUUCAAAAAAAUUUAUAAAAUUGUUGGCGAAAGAGGAAGUGAGAGGACGAGGAAAGCCGGACAACGGAACUUGGAAAACUCAAAAGAACAUCGACAAAUUGGUCACAGCCCGGAGCAGGACAUCACUAAAAGUUCAAGGACUGCUGAAAAAGUAAAGGACUUGAUCGACAUAAUUUAUCGAAAUUCACGAGUUGUCGAUCACCCGAAUGUUACCAUAAUUGACAGCAAUUAUAAAGCAAAGGAUAUACAAAUAUUCAAUCCUGCUUACCCCACGUAUAUCCUGUCUGCGCAAUCUACUGAUGAACUUGAAGCUCUUUUGGACGCAUUGAAGUUAUCACCAACGUGGAGUGUUACUUCAGUUUUCUUUAUUAUUGGAAUCACUGAAAAUUCUUGUGGAGGGGCAUCAAAAACGCUGCAAGUACUCUGGAAACUCGACUUGGUUUCGUCUUAUUUUGUUUGCUAUGAGUCUGAUAAAGAUGAAAUUAUGAUGUUGUACACUUACAACCCAUUCACGAACCAAGCUCCUGAACCAUGGGUAGAAGUAAAAACUUUUGACAAACCUGACAGCCGAUGGAGUCUCUACAAACAACCUUACUCAAAUGGUAUUUUUGAAGCCAAUUAUUGA